AUGACAACACAAACACCGCCCCUCCACCCUCUCGUCACCGACGAAUCUCUAACUUCCACACUCCUCUCCACCCCCUCCCAAAGAGAACAAACAAGCGCCCUUUUCUUUCAAGUUGAGGAGUUCGAGUAUCUUGGGAAAUUCCACGAGGCAUACAAAGCUCUACAAAAUUCUCCAAACAGAUAUAUUCUCGCAAGUAGCAGUCCAUCAUAUUGGUAUCUCUUCGGAACUAUAAAACUUAGUCAGGGAUAUUACCGUGAUGGACUCGAACAGUAUAGAACGGCUGAGAAGCUUUUAAGAGCUGCGAAGGAGGAGGAUCUAUCAGAUGGGAGUCAACAGUUAUUAGCGUUUAUGACUACAAGAACAUUAUGUUUAGACCCGGCCUCUUCACCCGAAGACAGAGAGAUCGGGAUAGAAACCGGAAUCACCGCAUAUCAAAAAUGGGCAAAAGAAAAGUCUCCGGAGGAAUUAGACUACUUCUCGCUAAUCCUGGAAAGAUCCUACUACGAAAUAAUAAAAGACAUCCCCCUCUUCUCCGACUCCCUCCCCUCCCUCCUCCCCCGCCAUAUCCAAAUCCUAAAAUCCCAAAUCCCAAAGAAAAACGCCAUAAUCUCCUUCCCAAUCUUCCUCGCCAUAAUAAACAACUCCAAAUCCCUCCCAGAAAUCCAGUCUUUAUCCCCAGAAAUCGAAUCCCUCCUUUUAAAACAUAACUGCCCCACCACCCUCCAAAAUACCAUAAAGGGCUACUUCCAAAUCCGAAUGGGUCAACUAUCAGAACGUCCCGACGUUCAAGGCAAACACUUCAAAGAAGCCCGUCGUUUCUACAAACUAGCAGGAAACAUUGAAGCCCCCUGCGAAGUCGACCUUCUCGAUUGUCUCCGUGAUGGCCAAAAGCACGUGUUAGCGGGUACAGAUGACCCCACCGAUCUCCGCCGUCGUAUCCUCCAUAUGAUAGAUAAACUAGGAAAACUCUACGGAAAAUUCACAGAUCUGGAUUUCCCCAACAGGAUGCACACAACUCUAAAGCAAAUAUCCAACAUCAACGAAAAAAUGCUCCAAUCUCCAGAUAUUACACUGAUCUCCUGUCGUCUCUGGAGACUCCUGGGUAAAGCCACGGGAAUAAAAAUAAAUUCAACAACAGAAUUCAUCGCUGUAAUAGCAGAUAUAAUGAAGACAGAAGAUCUAGAAGACGCAAUCACUGUAUUUGAAACAUUCAAAGCCGAGGAAGAGGAUAAUUGGGACUUUGAUACCGGAAUAAAUUGGCUCAGAGGCAUGGCAGUAGCUCAUACAAGACUAAGCCAAUUCGACGAAGCAAUUGCAGAAAUGGAAAUGGCCGAGGUCCUCCUGCAAUCGGAAUACAAACACUCUACCGCUCUCGAAGUCCGAGAACAAGUCCUUGCCGUCAAAGCAAGAAGACUUCAUACCCUUUCCGGUAUAGAAAAGGGCUACGCCUUUGACGACCUACUAGAAGAGAUCACCGAAGCAAUAAUGGAAGACUCAAGAUACUGGCAACAAAGAAAACCCAUGCUUCGCAAAAUGUUAUGGAAGGCCUCCCUCCUCCUAGGGGAUAAAGAACUAACCCCUAUCGAAGAAUCUGCAAAAUCUGCAUCCGAAAUAGUAGCCCAAGUAGAACAAUUAGCAACCGAAUACAUCACGGAAGACAAAACCUAUCAAACUUUCUUAAACGACUGUCAACUCCUAAAGGCAAUCUUACUCCGAGACCAAGGAAAACCAGACGAAGCAGUCGCCCUGAUAGAAAAACUCCUCCCUUCAAAACUAUGGAAACUAAACCUAAAAACCCGCACAGAAGAAGAAGAAAUCCACGCCGCAGACCUCCACAUUCAAGCAGUGAUAAUGUACAUGAAAGACCUCGCUCCUUCCUCCUCACAAACCCCUCCCGCCGCAAUCCCCCCAAAACUCCUAGAAAAACGUAUAAAAUCCUGCUUCACCCACACAAAAGAAGCCCUAAAACUCUCCGAAAAGCACAACCUCCCAAUCCUCUACUCCGACGCUCUAUUCUACGAAUCCCACCUCCACCUCCUCCAAAAGGACCCAAAAAGAGCCCUCCAAAACCUCCAUAACGUAGCAAGAAUCCAAGACGAACUCCGCCGUGCCUCCCCCAAGGGCGAUAAAUUCGAUAGUUUCAUCACAAACGCCCUAGCAGCUCAAACCUCCUCCGCCCGUUUUGUAGACUUAGCACUAAAAGCCUGUCUCCAACUCCCAGACCCCGUAGCAGCAUGGUACUGGAUUCAAAAGGCCAAAGCCCGCGCGUUCACCGAUAUGCUCCAGCACGGCCAUAUCUGGCAAAACUCCUUCAUCCGCAUCACAGACGACAUUGAAAACUUCCAGAUGCCAUGGGAAUCAGUAUCAAUAAACGGGAGCGACAUAGCCCUUUUAUACCGUUUAGAAAACCUUCUAAAAUCUCCAGUGGGCUACACCCUCGAUAACUGGGAUAUAGAAACAAUGGAGACAACCUUAGCCCACCGUCGAAGAACAAUCUCAUCUUUGAUCGAUGAAAUCUCUCAACGUCCAAGCCUUCGCGGCGCAUUAUCAGUAUCCAUGGGUCUGCCGGCUACCCACGAAGACCUAACCUGGAUCGCAAACUACCGUCAAUCAACCCACGAAAUCGUCUUCAUAGACUGGGCAGAAUCCUUCGAUAAAAUCAUAAUCUGCAUCUACCGUCCCGCCGGUAUCCGCUUCCUAUCCCCCAUCGUCAGCACCUCCCAAGACGCAAGAAUAAACAUCUCCACCUGCCCCCUCUCAAUAACAGACGUGAAAAACUGGGUCCAAACUUACAUCCUAAACCAAGACGCCCCGUUAUCAUCUCUAAACUCCACAGACGACCUAAAAAUCCUCUCCCCGUUGAUAGACCCCAUAAAGGCCCUCACAAACCCAGAAGACCUCCUUGUCCUCUCCCCAACCGGUAUCCUCCAUUCAAUCCCCUUCCACGCCCUUCCAAUCUCCACAGACGACGACCCUUCAACCCCUCUCAUCUCUCGAAACCCAGUAGUCUACGUCCCAUCCCCCUCCAUCCUCCGCCAAUGCAUCGCAAAACUCCGCAUGACCCGCCAUCCAAACCCCCAAACACAAUCACUAACAACAGCAACCCGCCCAUCCACCCUCAUCGGCGUAAAAAUCGACGAUGACUCCUACUCCCCAACCCCAGACCAAAAAGUCGACACCUCCCUCGAAAAGAUGUCCACCUCCCUCCUCACCGCCGAAAUCUUAACCCACGAAAUGGUAACCCACCAAUCCUUCACCCACCAAUCCUCCCUCACAACAGACAUUCUCCAUUUCCACGGCCACAUGGACUACCACGAUCCCAGACCCUUAUCAAGAUAUUUAGUCCUUGCAAACGACGAAAUAAUCACCGGUAGACAACUAGCCGACCUCAAAUUCCCGGUUGGUUCCGCCCCCUUAGUUACCAUAAUAGCUUGCCUGAGUGGUGGCCAACAGAUCUUAAUGGGCGAUGAACCCGUGGGGAUCGUACCUGCUUUAUUGGCUUCAGGAGCAGCAAGUGUUAUUGCAACUAUGUGGCCGACUGAUAGUGCCUGUGGGUUGAAAUUUGGUGAGAUAUUGUAUGAAGAUAGACGGCUUUGUGAUGAAAACGAGGAAGGAGGAGGAGAGGGAGGAGAUGAUGAUAUUGGGAAAACAUGGGAUAUAGCACGUGCAUUGAGAAAAGCAGUACUUGACAUUAGAAAUGAUAAAGAAACAAGUGCACCGUAUUACUGGGCACCCUUUGUGCUAAACGGGGCAUGGUUAAGAGGUACCAAAAAUGGCGGGGCAUUGCCACGUGGUGAUGGGAUGGAUGGGUUAUCAUCACAGUUUGCGAGAGGUAUGGAGAUUAGGAUUUGA